GAGUACAACGAUCCCCUAAAAAAACAUGUGUUCUUAGUUGAUUCAAGUUUAUCGUGUAGACACACAGGCUAAAAGCCUAAAACUAAAAUUGUUUAUACGAGUAGUUCCAACUUUCUAAGUGCAGAAGUUAGAACUAUCGUAACAACCGGAAAUGGGUUCUACAACUCCAGCAAUAAUGAGUAAUGGUUAUGUAUCAACCUCACAUUUUCCAAUCAUCUCUUUCCUUUCAUUAAAUUUAAACCCCAUUAAAUCAAUUUCACUCUCAAAUUUUCAUUCUCACCAAAAACACCAUCAUUUUCUCUCUCUUAACUUGAAAAUCCGAAGAAAAAAUGUCAUCACUGCUUCAUCAAUGGCUUCCACCAGAAAAAUGGAAGAAAUUUUGCCUCCACCUCUUGAUUCUACUUCAGACCCACCUUCAUUGUUUGAUGGCACCACAAGGUUGUAUGUUUCGUACACUUGCCCAUAUGCUCAACGGGUUUGGAUUACCCGUAAUUGUAAGGGACUACAAGAUAAAAUAGAGUUGGUAGCCAUUGAUCUCAAAAACAGGCCUUCGUGGUACAAAGAAAAAGUCUACCCACCAAAUAAGGUUCCAUCAUUAGAGUACAAAAAUGAAGUUAGAGGUGAGAGCCUUGAUUUGAUGAAGUUUAUUGACAGUCACUUUGAAGGGCCGUCCUUAUUCCCAAGUGAUCUUGUGAAGCAAGACUUUGCUGGCGUACUAUUUUCUUAUAUUGACUCAUUCCAUAAAUCUGUAACUUCUUCUUUCAAGGAGGAUGGAGUGAAUGCAGAAACUGGUGCUGCCUUCGAUUACAUUGAAGAUGCUCUUUCCAAGUUAAAUGAUGGCCCUUUUUUCCUGGGUCAGUUAAGUCUGGUUGAUAUUGCUUAUGUCCCAUUCUUUGAAAGAUACAUCCCCUUUUUGAAAGAUGUGAGGAGCUAUGAUAUUACAGCCGCGAGACCUAUGAUUGCUAUGUGGAUUCAGGAGAUGAAUAAAAUAGAGGGCUAUAAGCAAACACAAACUGAUCCAAAGUUGCUUGUUGAGAGUUACAAGAAACGUUUCUUGACCAAGCUUUGACGAGAGGAUGAAGCUAAGCUACGGAAAGCUUGUUAUUUUAUUAUAGAAGGUGAUAAUGGUAUCGAUAGAUUACAUGUGAAAUGGAUCAGUCCUCUAAACUCGAAAAACUGGGAUAGUUGUCAUCUUAAUAAGCCGUGCUUGUUAGCAUGAGGAAUGCCCUUGUAUUUUCAGAUACUUCCUGUAUAUUCUCAGUGAAAGCAUUAGCACCUUUAGUUUUCAAACUGUGAUGAAUUAGAGCUUUUACUAAUACAAUACAAGUAAUAGCAUUUCUUGGUAAA